AUGGGGACAGUCCAUAAACCGGGAAGGUUGACCUUCAUCACAACAGGAGACAUCGAGGCAAUGUGGCUGCGUGACAGUGCCAACCAGCUUCAAAGCUACGUCUCUAUUCUACGUCCUAACAGCAGCAGUGGUUCUCUGGCCUCGCUAUUUCGAGGUGCCAUCAAUUUGCAAGCACGAUAUAUCUCGGCGUCGCCGCACUGCAACGCAUUUCAGGCACCUAAAGAGGCGGGAUUGCAUAUCUUCAACCGCUUUUCGUCGGGGGAUUCCGUGAUGCCACCGUAUGACCCAUCAAUCGUGUUCGAGUGUAAAUAUGAACUCGACAGCCUGGCAGCCUUCCUACAGCUGAGCUACGACUAUUACUCACGCACGCACGACGCCGAGUUCUUCGCCAGGUUCGGCUGGAAGGCGGCCGUGGAAAGGCUGAUGGAGGUGGUCGACGAGUUGACGGGUGGCACGUACGCAGACGAUGGUAUGGUCAACGAUGCUCCGUACCAAUUCACGAGGCACACAUCUGUAGCAACAGAGACGCUUGCCAACAACGGUCUCGGUAGCCCCGUCAAGGGGAAGACGGGGAUGGUGAGGAGCGCGUUCCGCCCGAGCGACGAUUCCUGCACUUACCAGUUGUUUGUCCCUGCGAAUAUGAUGUUGGCCCGUUAUCUGGCUAGUUGUGCGGAGAUCAUGGAGCCUAUGGAUAGCCAUCUGGCGAGGAAGAUGACCACUUUUGCAGGUAACAUCAGGAGAGGGAUUGAGAAGUAUGGACGCGUGAAACAUCCCGAGUUCGGUGAGAUGUAUGCCAAAGAGAAUCCUUACUACAUGCAUGGUUCCGUCAUAAACGGAACCGGCGGUCCUCACAUCGGGCCAGGAAUGGCGUGGCCGAUGUCGCUUAUCGUCUACAUUAUGACAUCCGACGAUGACAAGGAGAUAGCCGACCUCCUGAGACAACUGCUGUCAUCUACGGAUAAACUAGGCCUCAUGCACGAAUCAGUCAAUGUGUACAAUCCGAAAAUCUGGACGAGAGGAUGGUUCUCUUGGGCGAACGGUCUAUUCGGCCAAAUGCUCCUAGAUUUGAGAGAAAGUAUUUCUACAGAAGAGAGGCGAAGAUGGCAUUUCACCGCAAAUUAG